UCUUAUCUUCUUGAAGGAAUUCCGGUACCUGUAAAAUCUCAAAGAGUAUUUGCAUUGAGCCCGCAAUUUGUAGUCGAGCCGCAAGAGACCAGCUCAACAAAGCUGUCCAUCGGAAGAAAUUGCAACUCUCCUGAUCACAACAGACGAGCAUUCGAGAUGGCGGGAAGAACGGCGCCAUCUCUGCAAAACCAAGACGCUCAAAGCAACGGCAUCAACGGCACAAAUCACGUCCCAAGCCGACUCUACUCACUGUCUAACCCGCCGUCACUGGCCUCUUUUGAGCUCCUUUGCGCCCAGUCAGCUAACCCGAGCCUCUAUCCACAGGCAACAAGCAUAAUAUCUAACAUUCCAAUCUACGACCUCUCCUCCCCAGCACACCAUCCCAACACCGCUCAACUCCGAGACGAAUGGCACCACAUCCUGCUCUCCGGCCCAGGAGUGUUCGUGCUGCGCAAAUUCUUCAGCGACACCGCUCUGCUCCAGCACGUCAACACCGUCUUCAACGCCAUCAUUGCCUCUGAAUCCUCCAGGUCGAAUGAGAAAGGCGAUCACUUCGCUGCGUCUGGCCUGAACGCACGUAUAUGGAACUCGUUUCAAAAGCACGCCGAGCGCGACCCGGCCAGCUUCGUGCGCUACUACUCGAGUCCGUGGCUAGCCCAGGUGUGCGAGGCCUGGCUGGGCCCGGCAUACCAGGUGACUGCACAAGUCAACAUCGUCAAGCCGGGCGGCAAACCGCAGGUCAGCCAUCGCGAUUACCACCUCGGUUUUCAGUCAGCAGAAGCGUGCUCGAAAUUUCCCACGGCAAUGCAGAUCGCGAGCCAACUACUCACCCUGCAGGGGGCCGUCGCCCACUCUGACAUGCCCCUAGAAAGCGGACCGACUCGCUUCCUCCCUUUCUCGCAACAAUUCGAAGAGGGCUUUAUGGCGUAUCGCCUCAAGGAGUUCCAAGAGUACUUCGACCGAAAUUGGGUGAGCGUUGAGUUGAAGAUGGGAGAUGCGGUCUUCUUCAAUCCCGCUUUGUUCCAUGCUGCCGGCGAGAACAAGACGACAGACGUCAAACGAAGUGCAAAUCUGUUACAAAUCAGCAGCGCAUUCGGCAGGACCAUGGAGACUAUUGACACUCUCAGCAUCAUCUCAAGGUGCUGGGACGAAGUGAGACGACUUCACGCCGAGGUUGGGAUGACGAAUGACGUGAGCGCCAUCUUGUCGGCUAUUGGCGAAGGAUACCCAUUCCCCACGAACCUCGACCGGCGCCCACCAGCACCAGGAGGGAUGGCGCCUGAAAGCGAAGUUGAAAUCUUGCAAAAAGCGCUGGAACAGGGCUGGGACACGGAGGAAGUCCUCUCUAGUAUCACAACGAUCAGGAAAGAUGCAAUGCCAUAGAAAGCCAGGAAGCACGAAGCCUAAGAAAUUGUUGUGGUCUUUCCCCCAGACUUUUAUCUACCAAACAAUGACUGGCUUGAUUGCUGAUCCAUCAUGCAUCCCCUGCAACGCCUGCAAAGCGUCUUUGGCUGGGAAGAACUUGACAAUCUGAUCGAUGGGAAACUUGCCCUCAUGAUACCACUGAAUCAUUUUCGGAAUAUGGGUUUGUCCAGUUGUAUCACCCAGGUAGUGGC